GAAAAUUAAAACGAAGUGAUCACGGUUAUAAUACGGUUGUGGCACGUUAGACAACUUGUCAUGCUAGUGGUGUACCGUACUGGGCAGUAAUGCGGAUUUCCCAGCAUGAUGACGGGGGCAGUUUCUUGGUGGAAUAACGGAACAGGGCGUCGUGAUUUAUCGCCUCCGGCGUCACAGUCAAUGAAGAAGUUAUCAAGGUCUUCAAUGACAUGAAGGUGCGCAAGUCGUCAUCUUCCGAUGAGGUGAAGAAGCGCAAGAAGGCGGUUCUGUUCUGCCUGAGCGACGACAAGAAAAAGAUCAUCGUGGAGGAGGGCAAGCAGAUCUUGGUGGGCGACAUUGGGGAGUCCGUGGAUGACCCCUACGCCUGCUUCGUCAAGCUCCUACCUCUUAAUGACUGCCGGUACGGCUUGUACGACGCCACAUACGAAACAAAAGAAUCCAAGAAAGAAGAUCUGGUGUUUGUAUUUUGGGCGCCAGAAGGAGCUCCUCUAAAAAGCAAGAUGAUCUACGCCAGCUCUAAAGAUGCCAUCAAAAAGAAAUUCACAGGUAUUAAGCAUGAAUGGCAAGUUAACGGUUUAGACGACAUUCAGGACCGCACCACCCUGGCAGACAAGUUGGGAGGCAAUGUUGUGGUAUCGCUGGAAGGGAGACCAUUGUAAACUGACAUGUGCCACCUGGAUCCUAGACGCUUUCAUCUUAGCAGCUCUGUUGAUACCAUUUGAACCUAUUGGAUUAGUUUUAGUUUUUUUUGUUGUUCUUUUAUUUUGUUUUCUUUCCCCCAAAUGAAGGAGGUCUCAUUAAUGAAUCCAAAAAAAAAAUCCUACCAGUUAUUGCCGGUCGACUCUUUUCCAAAAUCCUGGUGGGUUUGCUAAAAUGUAGAACCUGGAGGAAUGCUUUCACGUCAUGCUUUUGCCAAACAAAACAACUCCUGAAUACUCUACUACUCCUUCCAAUCGAAGAAGAACUAUGAACCUCACACACGUGAAAAGAUGGCGUUGCCUGCAUUCCUUAUCACAGACACAGCAACAGUUUAAUGUUGAGUAGCUUAGAGCGAAGUGAGUAAGCUUUCUUUGAAUGUCCUGGCAGUUGUGUCCACUGUCCUGGCAUUAGCCAAUAUCCAGUAUAAACAAUUUGCACUCCGUCGAGUUUUUCCAUGGGGCCGAUAACCGUUCCAUCUCGUUAGCCUGGGUAUUUGACAUGGCGCGACACAUUUUACACUAUGCAUACAAAGCACUUUUUGUCUAUUGUUUUGGUUUAGACACUACAAGUAAAGAGCAAACAAAAGGAGGACGGAAUGCCUAUUGAAUGUGUUCAUUUGUGUCACCUAGGAAGUGAAGUUACCUCAGUUUUUAUUCCUGUAUAGCAUAUGGGAAAGGAAAGACAAAAGAGUAUUUAAUUGUUCCGUUGCCUUCUUGUUUUCACUCAAACGUACCGUACACCGCUGAAUUAACAGAAGAGGUGCUGCUUGCAUUUUUGCAACACUAAAAGAGAAUCCACACUAUCAGUCAAGAUGGCAAUAUCUGUGUGAACGGAGCCUUAAGUGGAAUAUUGUUUUUGAGAUCGGUGAAGUCGCCACUUUGCAAUAAAUCUUGCGACUGAUGA